CUAUGACUUAUGUCAAAUAUGAAUGUCAGAUCAGAGAAAUUUGGUAUUUUUCUUUUUCAUGUUUUUAUCUCGAUUUCUACUUUAUUACAUGUCGAUUCCAGAACAAUUAAAUCUUUAAUGUACUAUACAUUUUCCCCUUACAUGUAAGUAACAAUCUAUAGCAAUGAAGGUAACAGUGAAGAAACUUCAGGGCGGAGAAUGCACUAUAGAGGCUCUCCCAACGACUUCUAUUUUGGAUAUAAAACGGCAGAUAUUUUUACAUCUGAAAGUUCCUGUUGAAGAACAAAAGUUGCUAUUGUUAGGAAGGACAUUAGCUGACGACCAGACCGUUCAGGGGUAUCCUAUUAAAGAUGGCACGAAGUUGAACCUAGUAGUCAAAAAGCCUGAAGGAUUAUAUGAAGUUGCUUUGAAGUAUUUCAAGAAAUUAGGAAUGACAGACACAGAGUCAGUGAAUGCGGCAAAUCGUCUUCUUAAAAUAUCUCAAGAAAAGUUCAAUAAACUGUCAUGGGACGAUAUUGAUCGUUUGUGUAGAGACUGUUUAUUAGACGAGAGUGGGCAAAGUCAACCUGCCCCUGAGAAUGAGCCUGAGAAUGACGACAUCUACAGUUUGUGACCAUGGCGCUGGUGGCUCUUUUAAGAUAGACUUUUUUUUACCUAUUGUGAUAAAUCUCCAUGAUCAUUUGUUGUAGGGAAACUAUUGCAAAAUGCUGCUUUUUUCUAUUUUAGUCAUUCAAUGUUUAUAGCAAAUACAGUCACUGUGUAAAUUGUUUUUCUUUGUAUGUGUACAUAUUACAAUAGUAGGAUCCAGAUGUCACGGUAGACAAAUUAUAACUCUUCUAAACAUAUUAAAAACAAUAGCUUAGUAACAAUUUUUUGUAUUAGACCAAGUGAUAAUUUUUACUCUUUGAAAAUCUCAAUAUAAUCUUGUUUGAUCUGCUAUUAAACAUUUUAAAAACCUGAUGAGAGUAAUGUACUUACCAUAGAUAAUAUACCAUAUGUGUUUACUUAGGUGAAGAUAAUUGGAAUAUAAAGAUUAAAAAAUCUUUAUAUCUGAUUAAUACAGCCUGUAUGUGCUUUUAUUUAUUAAAUUGAAUAUUAGUUUCCUGAAGCAAAUACUGUAAAGUCAAAUUCAAUAAGGUUGGCCAUAAAGUACAUUGACACCUGCAUACUAUGUUUUCCCAAUUUCAAAAACCACAGUUUCGGAAUAUAUGAAAUGUAUCGCAAAAUUGUGUAAACAUGGUAACUUGGUAUAGGGUGGGGGUCAUAUAAGUUCACAGUGGAAAUCAACAUUUAUUUAAAAAGAAAACAAAUUUCAAAUAUGUGCGGCUGUCAAAAUAAAUUGCAGCCUCUGUCAUUGGUAAGUGGGAGCAAUUAACUUUAUGGCCAUUCUACAUGAACAGUACUUUAGGAUAAAUGUGUUGUAAAAAAAUUAAGUGUGUCACAUAGAUUAAUCAAUUUUUAAUCCUUUAUCUAAAAUCUGUGGAUGUAUUUAAUAUAAGUAAAUACCUAUGCAUUUUUUAUUCAAUAACUGAGUGUAUUUGAUUGUCGAAUUAAGCAAAUAAAUAGAGGAAAGAAAAUGUCUAUUUUAGCUUAAAUCAAUUUACCUUUAAAAUGCUCAUGAAUUUGCAACUGAUUAACUUGUCGUAUGUAGGGGCUGAGAGCGUCAAUAGUGGCGAAUUUGCUAUAUUGUAGAUAGCUUGAUGUGCUGUUCACUCAUUGUACUGUAUAUAUUGUCCUUUUUAUUCAUGAAAAAGUUACCAUAUUUUAAGCUAUAGUAUGUUUCAAUGUCAAAUAUUGUAAAGUGUGAUAGAUAGUGACAAAACUUAAACCAAAAUAAUAGGUAACUAGCUUUUUUUAUGAAUACUAGGAUAUACACGAGGAAAACAAGACUUGGAAUAGCCAUAAUGUUAUAGCAGUUCCAAAACUUGAGGCAAUUUAUUUCAUUAUACAGUAUAGGAACAAUAUUUCUCUGAACGCAAUAAGUAAAAAAAAAACGAGUUUUUCUCGUCGAAUUUAUGCCAACAAGCUAGAAAAAUAGGCAAAAUAGGUGUACAGUCAACAGCACAUCAAGUUACGCUGCAUGAACCUUUAUGGCCCGAUAAUAGCCACGAAUUUACAAUUAAUUUGGGUAGGUUGAGGUGCUGUUGACUGUACGUAUCUUAUUACACAUAAGUAUUGCCACUUCCAUCAAUAAUAUUGAACAGGUUAUUUUUAGGGGCCACCAUAAACAAGUCAAAAAUAAUUUUUAUGAUAAGAUUUUUACACCCAGUACACGUUACUUUCAAAGCCCUCUUUGUUAAUAUAAGCUUCUCGAAGCUCGUUCAAUUUAUUUAUUUUUUUGCUAUUUUAAAGCGCCCACAUACAUCUGAAUAGUAAAUCUAGGAAAUACAUUGUAACUUAAUUGAUGCUAAAUAAAACAAUUUUAGACAUUAAA